AAAGAAUCCACCCGUUUGGCCUUGAUGAUAGUGUUGACAAAUGCACCGCAGCCUAACAUAGAUGGGAUUGAUUCCCUUGAAGCGGUUUUUUUGUUCUUUUUGCUUAGAUGAUGUGUUUCUACUGGACGGGUGCGUCAUAAGACUUUGCUCGCAUGUAUUUCAUGCGAGCUGUUUCGUACGAGACGUUGCUCAAAGGAACUUUAGUCAAUGUCUGAAAUGCCGGUGCGAUAAUUUGUUUGACCCUUUUUCAUCCAGAAGCAGCCCUCAGCCCAUGGAGGGCGUUGAGUACACGGGACCAGGUCUUCCUCAUGACGCAACAACUGAGACCUCCGACAACGCUUCUACUGUAGAUAUGACUGAGGAAAAUCAAAAUUCAAGCAUGACCAGACGCAGCAAUCCAAAUCGGUCAGCAAGAUCUACCCAAUCUACAGGUAGUCACUAGAAAACAUGCACUGAACAAGAUGAAGACGUAAUUGAUUUACAAGGCCAGGUGGAUGUGAGACCUAACGAUAUUUUACAAUGAAUUUACGACUUGUACUACGAGUCUGAACGUGCCGAAUAUUCAUUUGACUGUAUAUAUAAGUCAUUUUUCGAUUCGGAGAGGCCAUCAAAGAUAGAUAUAGGACGCUUUUAUCGGAAUUGAGGAGUCAGGAUAUUGACGCUAUUAAAGCCACCCGUGGUGACGAUCCCAACAAUCUGGUCAACCACUAAUAUAUGCCUAUUUCAUUUUUCUUUUAAUUGUUUGUAAUUGAUCUUGCACGUGAUUGGAUGUCACAAUUGUCACAUGUAUUGAGGCAUACAUAGAAAACUGACUUCCUA